AUGACAUCUCCUCACUUGUUCCAUAAAGCUUUCCCUAAUUCUCGGUUUCAUUCAUAUUGGCCAAUGGCAUUUCCACAGUGCCUGACACGUACUUCCUAUCAUCCUCUUCACCAAACUAACUAUCUUUCACCGAAACUUUUUUCAAUCAGUUGCAGCAUAAUCAAUACCAAGAAAAACUCCAUAAUAUCUUCCACCUAUAGGAACCCCAAAAGAACAAGAAGAUACGAAGUAAUAGCUAAAAACAACAGCAGUAGUACAGAAACUAAACAUGAAACAUAUGAAGGUGUAGAGAAGAAGAAGAAGAAGGAAAGAAGGGUUAGGAUUCUGAUCGCCGGUGGUGGGAUUGGUGGGCUGGUUCUUGCGUUGGCAGCAAAAGAAAGAGGGUUUGAUGUUAUGGUGUUUGAGAAGAAUUUGAGCGCAAUUAGAGGGGAAGGAAGGUAUAGGGGACCAAUUCAGCUGAUGAGCAGUGCGUUGGGUGUGUUGAUGGAUAUUCAUAAGGGGGUGGCGGAGCAAGUUAUGAAUGCAGGGUGUGUCACCGGAGAUAGGAUCAAUGGUCUUGUUGAUGGAGUUUCCGGCGACUGGUAA